CUCAAUUUAGAUCUCUCACUCCGCUUCCAGGCGCGCCCAUUUCAGACUGUUCAACUCGAGGCAGGGGGGCAGACACCAGGGAGGAGGUGGAAGCCACACCCCGCAGUGCCCGCGAAUUUCCCCAGGAGCCCAGGGCUGUCCGGGCAGACGCUGCAGAGAUGCGGGGCCCACAGCUCCUGACCGCCGCCCACCUCGUCUGCGUGUGGUGCCCCGCGGCGGCAGCCCUCAGCCAGGCACUGGCCUGGCGACCCAAGUUUCUGGUGACAGCUCCAGGAACCGUCAGGCCUGGAGGAAAUGUUACUAUUGGGGUGCAUCUCCUGGAGCACAGCCCCUCACCGGUCACUGUGAAGGCACAGGUGGUCAAGUUGACAGGAAACCGCACCGCCUUUAUUGCAGGAGCAGAAGGAGUCUUUGAAAAAGGCUCUUUCGAGAGACUUACUCUUCCAGCAUUACCUCUGUACAGUACAUAUGGGAUUUAUGAGCUCCGUGUAACUGGACGUGCACAGGAUGAGCUUUUAUUCUCUAAUAGCACACGCUUAUCAUUUGAUGCCAAGAGAAUGACGGUCUUCACUCAAACAGACAAAAUCCUGUACAAGCCAAAGCAAGAAGUGAAGUUUCGUGUUGUUACACUCAGCGCAGAUUUUAAACCUUCCAAAGCCCCUGUAAACAUUCUAAUUAAGGACCCCAAGUCAAAUUUGAUCCAACAGUGGUUGUCAGAAAAAAGUGACUUUGGAGUCGUUUCCAAAACUUUUCAAUUAUCUUCCCAUCCAAUACUUGGUGAAUGGUCCAUUCAAGUUCAAGUGAAUUAAAAUAGAUUCUUUAACAUAUUUACUCUUUUCCCCCCAGUAUUACCGAAGUUCGAAGUCACUCUGCAGACACCAUUAUAUCACUUUCUGAAGUCUAAGAGUUUAAAUGGUGUUGUCACAGCAAAGUAUACCUAUGGGAAGCCUGUGAAAGGAGAUGUAACACUUACAUUUUCACCUUUAUCUUUUUGGGGCAUUAAGAAAAAUAUUACAAAAAAAUUUAAGAUAAAUGGAUCUGCAAACUUCUCUUUUAAUGACGAAGAGAUGAAAAAGUUAAUGAAUUUUUCAGAUCAGCUUUCUGAACACAUGUCUCCAUCAUCCCCUGGGCCGGUAGAAAUUUUAGCCACGGUGACAGAAUCACUUACAGGUAUCUCAAGAAAUGCAAGCUCCAAUGUAUUUUUCAAGCAGCAUGAGUACGCCAUUGAUUUCUUUGAUUAUGCUACUGUCUUGAAGCCAUCUCUCAACUUCACAGUCACUGUGAAGGUAGCACGUUCUGAUGGCAAGCAACUGACCCUUGAAGAAAGAAUGAAUAAUAUAACAGUAAUGGUGAUACAGAGAAACUCUACAGAGUACGGGAGAGGAUGGAAUAGUAGAAAUCAGGAACUAGAAGCUUCCCAGGUCCUAAAUUAUUCUGUCCCCCAGAAUGGAAUCUUAAAGAUUGGAUUCCCAAUCCUGGACAAUUCCACUCAGCUGCAAGUAAAGGCCUUUUUUCUUAAUAGUGUGAAUAGCAUGGCGGCUUAUGAACUCAACUACCAUGUUUUUCAGGUAAUAUCCAGGGGACAGUUAAUGGUUGUGGGCAAGCAAAAUUCAACAACCUUCUCUUUAAUACCAGAAAAUUCUUGGGCUCCAAAAGCCUGUGUCAUGGUGUAUUAUAUUGAAGAUGAUGGGGAAAUUAUAAAUGAUGCUCUAAAAAUUCAUAUUCAGGUUGAUUUUGAAAAUAAGGUAAACCUAUUUUGGAGCAAACCUCAUGCUGAGCCAUCUGAGAACGUCUCUCUGAGGGUCGCUGUGACACAGCCCUACUCGCUAGUGGGGAUGGUAGCUGUUGACAAAAGUGUGUACCUGAUGAACGCCUCAAAUGAUAUUACCAUGGAAAAUGUGGUCCAGGAAUUGGGACUUUAUAACAUGGGAUAUUAUUUAGGCAUGUUCGUGAAUUCUUUUGCAGUCUUUCAGAUUCAAAGUCUUACUCCUGUUGUCAUCCUGGGAGAUUUGGAUGUCCAUGUGGUCAAUCCAUCUAAUGUGUACUGUCCUGUGAUCAGCAUUGUGGAAAUAAUAGUCACCCAAGAUGACAGUCUAUCACUUGAUGUGGAGUACAUGGAGGAAAAUGAUGGAAACUUUGGAGAUUCCUAUGACUUUUCUUCAGUUGAGAAUCCACAUGUCAGAAAACAUUUUCCAGAGACUUGGAUUUGGCUAGACAUCAACAUGGGUUCCAGGAUUUACCAAGAAUUUGAAGUUACUGUACCUGAUUCUAUCACUUCUUGGAUAGCUACUGGUUUUGUGGUCUCUGAGGACUUGGGUUUUGGACUAACAACUACUGCAGCAGAGCUAGAAGUCUUUCAGCCAUUUUUCAUUUCUCCGAAUCUUCCCAACUCUGUGAUCAGAGGUGAAGAAUUUGCUUUGGAAAUAACCAUAUUCAAUUAUUUGAAAGUUGACACUGAGGUUAAGGUGAUCAUUGAGGAAAGUGACAAAUUUGAAAUUCUAAUGUCUUCAAAUGAAGCCAAUGACACAGGGCACAUGCAGAUCAUUCUGGUCCCUAGUGAGGAUGGGAUGACUGUUAUUUUCCCAGUCAGACCAACACAUCUGGGGGAAAUUUAUAUCACAAUCAAAGCUAUUUCAUCUGCUGCUUCUGAUGCUGUCACCCAGAGGAUUUUAGUGAAGGCAGAAGGAAUAGAAAAAUUAUAUUCACAAUCCGUCUUGUUGGACUUGAACAGGAGGCUGAAAACUACACAGAAAGUAUUGAGUUUCUCCUUUCCUCCCAAUGUAGUGAAUGGCAGUGAAAGAGUUCAGAUCACUGUGGUUGGAGAUAUCCUUGGCUCUUCCAUCAGUGGCUUAGCCUCAUUGAUUCAGAUGCCUUAUGGCUGCGGUGAACAGAACAUGAUAAAUUUUGCUCCAAAUAUUUAUGUUUUGGAUUACCUGACUAAAAAGAAACAACUGACAGAGAGUUUAAAAGAAAAAGCCCUUUCAUUUAUGAGACAAGGUUACCAGAGAGAACUUCUCUAUCAGAGGGACGAUGGCUCUUUCAGUGCCUUUGGGAAUGAUGACCCUUCUGGGAGCACUUGGUUGUCAGCCUUUGUUUUACGAUGUUUCCUUGAAGCUGAUCAUUACAUAGAUAUUGAUCAGAAAGUGUUACACAGAAUAUACACAUGGCUCAAAGGACAUCAGAAAUCCAACGGUGAAUUUUGGGAGCCAGGAAGAGUGAUCCACAGUGAGCUUCAAGGUGGCAAUAAAAGUCCAGUAACGCUUACAGCUUACAUUGUGACUUCUCUCCUGAGUUAUAGAAAGUAUCAGCCUCAUCUGGAUGUGAAAAACUCUAUCAAGUUUUUGGAGUCUGAGUUCCUCAGAGGAAUCUCAGACAAUUAUACUCUGGCUCUUACGACGUAUGCGCUGUCCUUCCUGGGGAGCCCGAAAGCCCAGGAAGCUUUGGAUACCCUGAUUCAGCGAGCAAAGCUGGAAGGAGACAUGCUAUUCUGGGUGUCAUCAGCGUCUGGACUUUCUGAGUCCUGGCAGCCCAGAUCCCUGGAUAUUGAAGUCGCAGCCUACGCGCUGCACUCACACUUCCUGCAGAAUCGGGUUUCUGAUGGAAUCGCAAUCAUGAGGUGGCUGAGCAGGCAAAGAAACAGCCUGGGAGGUUUUGUAUCUACCCAGGACACCAUUGUGGCCUUGAAGGCCCUGUCUGAAUUUGCAGUCCUGAUGAACACGGAAGGGGCACAUAUGCAAGUGGCCAUAACGGGGUCUGUGGCACCAAGUCCUGUAAAGUUUCUGAUUGACGCACAGAACUACUUUAUCCUCCAGUCAGCAGAGCUUGCUGUGUCAGUGCCAAUUGAAGUUAAUAUUUCCGCAGAUGGUUAUGGAUUUGCUGUUUGUCAGCUAAAUGUUUUUUAUAAUGUGAAAGAUUCAGAGUCUUCCAAAAACCAAAAAUCAAUCCAAAGUCAAGAAGUCUUUGACUUAGCUGUUGCUGUAAAAGAUAAUGAAGAUGAUAUCAAUCAUUUGAAUUUGAAUGUAUGCACAAGGUUUCUGGGCACAGAAAGGAGUGGCAUGGCCCUCAUGGAAGUGAACCUGCUCAGCGGUUUCAUUGUGCCGUCAGAUGCAAUUCCUCUGAGCGACACAGUGAAGAAAGUGGAGAGCGAUCAGGGGAAACUCAACCUAUACUUGGAUUCUGUAAAUGAAACCCAAUUCUGUGUUGAUAUCCCUGCUGUGAGAAACUUUAAAGUUUCAAAUGCACAAGAUGCUUCUGUGUCCAUAGUGGAUUACUAUGAACCAAGGAGACGAGCGGUGAGAAAUUACAACUCCAAAGUGAAGCUGUCCUCCUGCGACCUCUGUAGCUGCCCCUACGAGAGCGAGAGCAGCGCGCCGGCCGCCCUCCGUCACUCUCCCGUUGUUUUUGUUUUCUGUUUCAUGCUUCUGUUCUCUUUGCAGCGUUGGCUCUGACUUCCUUUCUAAGGGCUCUGUGGAACCCAUUUCCAGAGUCACACGUGAUUGUCUUAUUUUCAUAAUCCAAUGUUGCUUCUGACUAUUUUGAAAAACAAUUUUUUUCCCUUCUUUUUGUGGGGUUGAGGGGGAUGCUGUACCACAGGUCCUAGUAGGUAUGGCUGCAUAGAUUUCUUCACCUGACUUCCGUGUGCAACAAAAUGUCGAAUUCUUGCAGCUGUAUAUCUUUAUUUUUCCCCUCUUUAAAAUAUUUUAGGAUUUUGGAGGAGGUGUUGUCUUCUCCAGAAUAAAUGUGUUAUUUUAGAUCCAUUCUUCUUUUCAUUUUCCAGAGGAAAUGAGGUUCUUCAGACUUGUUAAACACCAGUCUUUCCCUGAGUAUUGAUAACCUAAAAAUAAAAGGCCAACGCUAGAGGCAUCAGCAUUUAUUUGAGAUAAAAAGGAAUCGUUACUCGGAAAGCACUGAUUCAGGCAGAAGCCCAGAUCGUGUUCGGGUUAGGAGACAAAGACGAGGGGGAUUUAUGAGAAAGGGAAGGAAAGCAGUGACAUCCUUAGAAGGAAGAUGCUCCUGUUGCUGCAGAUAAGCUAACCUAGCGACGUUUGAUGCUGAACCAUGUGUUUCAUUUUCAUUCCCGUAGCCCCAUAGGCACAACAGCUGCUUCCUUGCUGUCCUUGCAGACGCAGUGCCGCUGGAGGUUAUUUGGCCCCGUGUUAACCCCCCAAAGGUGUGAGGCAUCAGGCUCGCAAGGCAGCUCCUUUGGGAUGGCA